AUGGAAGCGAUCGCAAGGUAUGACUUCAACAGCACCGCCGAUGACGAGCUUAGCUUAAGGUGCUCGACAUGGAGGACACCAAUUGCUCACGACUGGUAUUACGGGUGUAUAACGCGAGCGGAUGCCGAGAAACUGUUGCUUAAUCAACACGAGGGAGCCUUUCUAAUCAGGGUCAGCGAGUGCUACCUUGGUGACUUCUCACUAUCCGUCAAGUGCGGCGGUGGUGUGCAGCACUACAAGGUGUUGAGAGAUCCGAUCGGGAAGUACUACUUAUGGGUCGUGAAGUAUAAAUCGUUGAACGAAUUGGUCGAAUACCUUAUAGUACAUAAACUAGGCCAUUUCCCGUGGAGUGGCGCCACUUAA